AAUUCCUGUUCCUAUGUGACCCGAAAUUCCUAUUUUUAAUAUAGAACGUGCACGUGGAGGAAGGUUUAAUCGGUUAGUAGUCUUUACAACAUAAUCUUUUGGUUUAAUAUCUGCACUAGAAAAAUCAAUGGCCGAUGAACUUCUACAUUUUGGACAAUUAGAACGAAUAAAACCAGGAUUGCCACAACCGCAUGCUACACUCGAAGAAGUCUGAGCGCUGACGCGAAUAGGUUGUGUAGUUAUCAUAAUCGUGUAACGACGUUACGUAAUUUUUCUUUUGUUUUAAAAGGUACCGCGAGUUCAAAUGCAUAUUUCAAUAAUAUUAUUUUCAAUCCUCAAAUAAAUUAUUAAUUUUACGCGUGACCUCGAAUUGAGUGUACGAUUUCCUGCCGCCGCCAGCAGACGCAUCGCUUGCUUGGGGAAGCGCUGUGGUCUUUUGGUCAUGCUCGGUUCCCCACUGCCUUAACAUGUGACGCCGGCCGCCGCUCACCCAUAUUUAAGGCGGCGAGCUCUGCAAAACUGGGAGUCCGCCGACAGCAGCCAGCCAGCUUCAAGACUAGAACACCGCACCGACCAGCCGAAGCCAACACCGAGGUAAGCCAGUGGGAUCGCCCAGUAACAGUUCCCAGAGAGCCGCGAGCCGCGUUUCAGGUUGGGUAAGGAUGUGGUAAGAGAUAGUUUUAUACUUGCUCCUUUUUCUUCACCCCUGGUUGAUGUCCGGGUAACCGUCUUUCUCCACUCUUGGGUGUUUUCCGGGUGGCCUGUCUUUCAUGCAUUCUUGGUUGAUGGCCGAAUGCAUUCUUUUUCUUCACCCUUGGUUGAUGCCCGGGUGCCUGUCUUUCUCCGCUCUUGGUUGAUUACCGGGUGGUCUGUCUUUCUUGCAUUCUUGGUUGAUGGCCGAAUGCAUUCUUUUCUUCACCCUUGGUUGAUGACCGGGUGAUUGUUUUUCCUUCACUCUUGGUUGAUGCCCGAGUGAUUUUCCGAUUGGGAGCUUGUAUAAAAUACCUUCCGUGGUCAUUAUUUAUUAAAGGUUAAAGGGACUGUUACUUUGGUGUUUUCCGCGCUUGACAAAACCGACGGAGCUUUUUGCCUGCCUCAUUAUUUUAACCGUCACCGCUACAUUUUUAGUAUUCCGCUGUUAACAUCAUUGCUUACCAUUUAUAUCCGCUUACCUCACCGGUUUUCUCACAUAUUCGCACGCACCGAUCGUACUCACUCUCUCACUCUCGCUCGCAUUAUUGAUUGCUAUAUUUUGGGUUGGGUUAUUAAUAAUAUUUUAGUCUGUUUUAUUAUGUUAAUACAAUUUGUGCUAUUCCGCAUUUGGUGUUUAAUUUUAACACGGAGUUUUGAAGGGAAUUUUCAGGGUUUUAUUUUGAGACGUAGUCAGGUUGAGCAAUAACGUCUGAUGUGACCCCUGGGUUACCGUUUCUCCACUGUAACAAGCUACCUGGUGCACGUGGGCCCUCAACCACAUUAAUCCUGAGGGUGGCGCCCGAGAUAACCGUAGGAUAAGAAACCGAUUACCGAACUACUUCGCUUCCGUAUAAAAAGCGCCUUUACAAUCGAACCCGUUUAUUCCGGAUUUUGACCCGUGUCAACUAAUGAACCGCCACUGACCAAAGAUUAAUUUUUCGCAGCCAGUUUACGACACUGAUUUUUGGUACCUAUAACCGAUAUUUUCGCAAAAACGCAACGUAACAGAAGACAUUGUUUCUUUGGAUUCAGAAUCUGUUUUUGAUUUUGGCAUCUUUUUUCAGUCAACUCGCACGCAACCCCAAGGGCAAGCAAUGCUAUAACCUGCAAAUCCUUCGUAAAGUUCCAAAAUUCUUGCACUAAUCUGCCUAAUCCAAAGAAACAAGAAACCAACAAAAUAUUUCGGUACAAGUAUCAACUACAACUUCAAAGUUCAACCCAACUAAAAUAAUUAUUCUGUUUGAACACAACAGAAGUUCACAAAGCAAGAAAAUGCGUGAAAAUGUCCUGCACAAAAUACAAAUUCACCGACAAUUCUUCGAAGCCCCCCGUUGGGCGCCAAUGUUCCGCUGGGGUUUCUCUGGGUGUCUUAGAACCACGAUAUUAUCGGUCAUAUCUUGGUUUUAAAACGGAAACACAACACUAAAGACUUCAUAAACAUUUAAACCAUACAAACGAAUGAAAAUAUAAAAAAAUAAGAGAGAAAUUAAAGAAAAUGAGUGUCCUAGAGCCGAAAUUGAACUAGAGAAAAUCUCAUUAUUUUAGUAUUAAAGUUGAGCUGGAGUGAUUCAAAAAGAUGAUACCCAGCUAAAAUUUUACUAGAGAAGUUCAAAAAUUCCAUUCGCAACGUUUUUGUAGCUAAAAUUUGAGUUUCAAAGUAAUCCAGAGUUGAAGCUGAUUUAACUGCAGACGCAUGAAGAUCUUAUUCUCAGCUCUCGUUAAGCCAAAUUUGAACUAGAAAACUAUGAGCUCGAGUUUUUGACAAUUUUAGAGCUUGAAAUUAACAAGAGAUAAUUGCUAAUUCCAAUUUUAGCUGCCCUAAAGCUGAAUUUUGAACAGAGACGGCAUGCAAUUUCUAAUCUCAAGUGUCCUAGAGCCUGAAUUAGACUAGAUAAAUAUAAACGUCCGAUUUCUCAUCAUUUUAGAGUUAAAGUUAAGCUGGAAUUAUUCAAAAAGCAGAUACUCAUCUGAAAUUCUACUAGGGAAGUUUGAAAAUUUUAUUCGCAACGCUUUUAUCCAGAGGUGAAGCUGAGCUUAAUUUAACUGCAGAAGAAUGAAGAUAUUAUUCUCAGCUCUCAUUAAGCCAAAUUUGAACUAGAAAACUAUGAACUCGAGCUCUUAACAACUUGAGAUCAUAAAAUUAACAAGAGAGAAUUGAUAAUUUCAAUUUUAGCUGCCCUGAAGCUAAAUUUUGAACAAAAAAAGCAUGCAACGCUCUAAAGAAAUUAAAUUUGAAUUUCUGAUCCAUCUAGAGUUGAAUGGAAAAAUAAUAUGAUAAAAGGAGAAAAUUGCACAAUAAUUUUCGAUAGUUUCAUUGUCUGGUUGAAAUCUCUUGAUGGCGACGAGCGUUUCCUGUUACACGAAUUCCAUUCAUUCAAAUAUGUUUUUUUAGAAAUAAUUAUAAUGAAGACUCCGGAAAAACUCAUAUACGCUUCCUUAGUGAUACUUCUAGUUUCAAUCCUAUUGAAAGUUUGGCUGUUUGGUUCUGUUGUUAGAUAUGGAAUCAAAGAUCAAACCGCUCUAAAAAAACGCAAUGAGGUCCGACAAAUUUACUUAAAAAUCCCAUUUCCGUUGGACUUUAAAAUAUACCUUUUUAAUGUGACAAAUCCGGAAGCGGUACAAAAUGGUGCCAAGCCUAUUUUAAAAGAAAUCGGACCUUACUGGUACGAUGAAUUUAAAGAAAAAAUUGACGUAGUAGAUAAUGACACCGAAGACAGUCUCACUUAUACUCCCUACGAUAUUUACAAGUUCAAUCAAACCAAAUCUGGUGACCUCAAGGAAGACGACUACGUUACAAUUAUUCAUCCUGUUCUAGUGGGAAUGGUGAGCAGAGUGUUGAGAGACUCUCCAGUAUUCUUGUCCAUAGUCAACCAAUCUCUCGCAUACAUUUUCAAUAACCCCAAAUCGAUUUUUCUCACAGGCAAAGUCAAAGACAUCCUAUUCGAUGGUAUAGAAUUAAAUUGUACGAGCAAAGAAUUUCCACCUACGGCCAUAUGCUCACAAAUGAAAACACAAGUGCCCGGAAUAAAAUUUAAAAAGGGAAACGACAACGUUUUUUUGUUUUCUUUGCUGGGACCUAGAAACGGCACGAUUCCCAAAAGAAUGAAAAUUCAGCGAGGCAUCAAACAUUAUCAAGAUUUGGGCAGACUGAUUGAAGUUGAUGGCCAGCGUGAAAUCGAUCUCUGGAGUUCGGAUGAGUGCAACAGAUUUGAGGGUACUGACGGUUGGAUAUUUCCACCAUUAGCCGAACCGGAAGAGGGGCUUAAGUCUUAUUCGACUGAUUUAUGCAGAAAUAUAAAACUCAACUACGUAAAAGAUACAGUAUACAAAAAAGUCAAUGUCCGUUUGUACGAAACGGAUUUGGGCGAUCAAACCAACGACGAGAAAGAGAAGUGCUAUUGUCGUAACGAAGAUUCGUGCUUGAAAAAGGGCCUGUUCGAUCUGACUAAGUGCAUGGGAGUUCCGAUUUAUGCCACGUUACCUCACUUUUUACAUACGGAUAAAAUUUAUAUGGAACAAGUCGAUGGAUUGGAACCGAACGAAACGAAGCACUCUUUAAGAGUUUAUUUUGAAUCGAUGACUGCUACUCCAAUUUUAGCAGCCAAAAGGAUGCAGUUGAAUUUCGAUUUACAACCGACUGAAAAAAUUAAACUGUUCUCAAACUUACCCAAUGCCUUGUUCCCAAUUUUUUGGUUAGAAGAGAGUGUGAAUUUAGAAGGAGAGCUUCUCGAAAAAAUUCGAACCCUUUUCCUGGUGCUCUUCGUAGUAGAACUCAUGCUGUACUUAUCCAUGGCAGUGGCUUUAGCUUUGAUAGGAGUUGGUGUAUAUUUUCAUCGUAAAAAUAGGAAAGCGGUUGCAAUUACACCGAUACCGAAAGGCAAACAAGUUAACGUGUACGAUAACGAGCAAAGCGAUAUAAAAACUUUGACCAGAAGAGGUGCGAUCGAUGCGAAAUUUGGAAUUGAUAAUCACGCAAUGAGCGGACACGAAUUUGAUAGAUAUAUGUAAUUUUUUUUUUUUUAGAAAAAUAAUUAUUUGUACAAUCAAUUUCUGAAUAAACAAUGGGAUGAUAGAGGUU